CCUGUAUAGCAAAGGACCCAGAGAGUUACGCCUCAUCUGCAGAGACAGGUAUUUUUCGGUAAUUUAGCCCCCUCUUAUAAAUUGUAUAGAAAACACAGUCGCUCUUUCUCUUUCUAAGCUCUUUCUCUCACUAACCAUGGAUGGUGAAUCAAACCAAACCCUAAAAACCAAGUUAUCUCUCUCAUCUGAGUCUCUCUCUACAUACAUUGGCCUGAGCUUCGCCCUCUUCGUAGGGUUUCUUCCGACCUCUUACCAGUCUUUAAUGGCGUCUCUGCAACUUCAGAAUAGGAAGCUUUCGUCCAAGCUCAGGGAAGCUGAGGCCCUAAUUGAACAGAUGAAGAUGAGGAGAGCUGAGGAUUCUAAGGCAAAUGCUAAGGUAAUGGGGAUUUUUGCAAGCCAGAGACAAGCGUGGCAGCAAGAGAAAAACUCUCUAGUUCAGAGGCUGUCCGAGCUAAAACUGAUCACAGAGAAGUUACAGAAAGAUGUUGAAGAGAGAGAAGAGUUCAUCGGUGUGGUUAGAGAGAGAUCGAGUGAUUUGCAGGGUCUGGGAUCAAGGGAGAAUGGGAGAAUUAGGCUUUCGGACGGGUUCAAUGGUGAAUUAGGGUUCGAGAAAGGGGCAAUGAGUGUGAUACAAGGGUGCAAUGGUGAAAUAGAGGUUGACAAUGUGGAAAUUAGGGUUUUGGAUGGUGUUAAUGGAGAGUUGGGGUUGAAGAAAGGGGGAAUCGAGUUUGAGAACGGGAAGAACAUGGAGUCUCAAGCUUUUGCGGGCGCGUUGCAGGGAGAUGUUGGGGAGAGAGAAGAACAUUCGGGGCCUCUCACAAGGAGGCCGUAUGGGUCUCAGGUUUCAGGGUUCAGAGAGAAGGGGAGAAUUAAGGUCUCUGAGGGUUUUAACGAGGAAUUAAGGUUUGAGAAAGGGGAGGUUAGUGUAACAGAAGGAUUUCCGAAAAAGUUUGUUUCUGGAAAAGUGGGAUCGCCUUUGAAUGAGGAACUUAGGGCUUCUGAAAGUGUUGGCGAUGAAUUUGAGGUAGGAAAAUGGCGUGAAGGCAAGAGAUUCAGGGUCUGUCCUCAAAGGUACAACAAUUGGCUGAUGGAGAAAAACAUUAAAACUUCGGAGGGCAUGGAUGAAGAGAAGGUGAUAUGUUCAUUAAAGGAAUUAUCAGAGGCUCUUUACUAUGGGGAUUAUUGCUACCCUCCCUCUGCUUCCAAGCUUUGGAGCGAGAGAGCCUUCAACUGGCAGGAUACGCUUCCUCCAUCUCACGAAUCACAAUAUGACCUGAAGCAUAUUGUACCCAGGAGGGAGUCUCCUUGGAAGAUUGAUGGAGAGUCGAUGGGCCUCUCUUCUAAGCUGAAGUUUCUUGAACAGGAUUUAGUAAAUUUGGAAAGUGGUGCCGAUAAAGGUAAGGCGGCUUGUGUUUCAGAGAUGAUGAGAAAGCAGGCUAAGAGAUACCAAGCACUUGUGGGCAAGGUCGAAGAGUUAUGCAAGAGAAUGCAGGCAAGCGACCCUUGUGAACCUAACCUCGAUUCAGGAAGCCGAAAGCAUAGACAAACUGAGUACUUGAGUGAAGUUGCCAAUAUUCAAGAGUGGGCAGCUGAGACGGGGCAUAGAUUGGUGGCUAUAGAAUCGGUAACAACUCCAAGUCGUUUAAAUAAAGGCAUGGCUGAGCUUGCCAAGCCUAGCAUAAGACGCUCUCUUGAUUCCACUAAAAACAACUUCAAGGAAAUUCAGAGGAUUCUUGAGAUUAGGCUGGCUAGAAUCACAGGUGAUCUAGAGGGAAUGCUAGCUCAAGAUGGUAUGUCACAUGUAAGUGAUCCCUAUUUCUCGAGAUAUUCAUAUAAUUAUUGAUGAAUUUGCAGAAGCAAAUGUAUUUGUACGUAUGUAAAUCUUAGAAUUUGGUUUGAAUCGUAGAAUUUGGUUUGAACCUGCAACCUCAAGGGUGUCUGUAACAAGAAGCACCAUUCACUUGAGUGAUAGGUUCUUCCCCUGUAUCUUGGCAUGUAUAUAUUGGUUAUUGUGUUCUUCAAUUUAGACCGGAAGCUCAAAAGAG